AUGGGAAAGAGCAGAACAAGACGAUUUGGAAAUCUGAGACCAAAUCCUACUGGCUUGAUCAGUGAAAGAAAUAUGGAAAUGGAUCCCGAGUUAGGAACUGAUCCCCAGCAAAACAGCGGUGUGCCCGCGACCAUCACAAAUAUUAUUGAGAAGCUGCAAGCUUCAGCUGCGGAAGAGAGGACAUGUGGCUGCCAACUUCUUGCCAGUAUUGUGUCCCAGCCAAAAGCUAUCGGCUUUUUGCUUCAAGAGAAUGUUGUGAAAAUUGUUGCGCCCUUAUUUUUAGACUCAUGUACAGACGUGAGAAAAAGUGCAUUGGGUGCUCUCAGGAACAUGAGUGUGUAUGGACAUCCAGAUGUCUGUGAUGUUAUGGUUGCCAAGGAUGUUCUCACCCCUCUAACAGCACUGAUUAGACAGUAUGGGGACAAUUGGGUGCCACAGAAGGAAUGUACAAAGUAUGACACAAGCAACAGUGUGUUGAUAGAAGCCGUGGAACUUCUGGCCAAUCUGUGUGAGAGCAGUAACAUUGCAGUUCAGUGGUUCAACAAAGAAAAUCUUCUUCAGGUUCUGUUGCCUCUUCUGAAGGUAGACACAUAUGGCUACGACCUGUCGCUAGCAGUGGCAAGGUGUCUGCAUGUUGUCAGUGACAACAACAAAGAUGUGUCCAAAGUUUGCCAGCAGUCAGAAGUCUUCUCGCAGCUUCUAAGUAUCAUCUCUGCCGCUCCGAGUGGGAUUGAUGCUGUCCUCUUCCGAACUCUCGUUACUGGUAUUUUGUUGAAUGUGACUGACGUAGACCUGACAAAGUAUUAUGCUGGCAUUGUGGCAACCAUUUCCGAGGUUCUAGAGAUGGAUUGUUUCGCUGUGAUAGUUGCUGCCCUUGAGGGAAAUCAUGAGACAACUGAGGAAAUUGAGUCUGAGAUGUCCUGGCCAGAAGUUGAUAAACUGUUAAGUGCACAGGGAAUUAGUCUGGAGCUGCUAGCAAAUCUGUGUUAUUCUGAUGAUGACUGGGAAGAUAUGGAAGGUUUACAGUCUAGCGAGUCCUCAGAUGAUGCGGCUGUGGAAGCAGCCCCAGAGACAACUGAUGUUAUGGAAGACACAGUGGGUACUUUGUGCUUAUCCAGUGAGGUUAGCUCAGCUUUUCUGGAGAAAGAUAUCCUGUCGAAGAUUUUGAGGAAAGCAGCACCUCUGGACAUAGCACUGAUGUUGAGGUUAAAUUCCUCUCAGCGUGGAAGGAAUACUUUGAAGAAGCUGGCCGAUCUACAGACGAGAGCUCUUCUUUGUCUCAGUAACUUGGUUGCUGUUAUAGACGAAAGUUGCUUUACACAGUUGGUGCCCUUAAGUUCAAUGUGGACUGAAUUGUACAAGCUGGCAAGUACUUCCAAAGAGGGCUUGAAUGAAGACUACACAUGGGCGGUAACAAGUGCAAUGAGGGCUGUGAUACAUCGACUGGCAGACACACAGAUGUCACAUUUUGCUGAUACCAGUGAUUCUGACUUGGACUUUCUGGUAAAUCUGGCCAAGGACAACAAAAACAGAGACACUCAGAUCAAUAUUGUCAGGAUAAUAUCCACUGUGGGCUGUGCACUGUCGGCCAAUGCACAGCCACACCCUCUGCUGAAGAAGAUUGGCUCAGUCCUGGCUGAUGUUGCCUUCUACGCCGAUGACUUGGUGGUCACUGCUGAAGCUUUAGAUUCCCUGUUUGAUGUGUUCAAGGAAGACCACACGGAUGAGGUUGUGAGGGAGAUUGGACUUGUGGAGAAGCUUGUUGCCUUGCAGCCUUCUUUCAGAACUAAGGUGUCACAUCAGCGGAAACAUUUAGGUGAAAACUAUGCCGUGGUGAUGAUGGCCAAAUCCAACCUGGCAGGAUAUAUUAAAUACAAGCAGUCGCAAAAGUGA